CGAUAAGAGCCCUCGACGACGAUGAUUACGGUACUUGGAUUUGCGCGGGUAAGCUAGAAUCCGGCAUCUCCGAAUUAUACGACACCUUUGUCCUCGAACCUCGAGAGGCAGCAGAUACAGGCAACACUAGUGCCUCCGAAGCAUCGAUUAUGGCACUCUCCUCCGUAUUGCUGGGUAUCGGUGUAUUCAGCGUAUGACAGACGAUCAUCGUUACUUAAUUUUCAUCGAAUACUUUCAAAUGAAGAGCACCUUCGGCAGACGAUUACUUACAGUAAUAUAUCUCGAUAAUUCUUAAUAAAGAUUAAGAUAAGAUUUCACAAUAGUAUAUUUACCGAGUUAAUUAGCUGGCAAACGCACAGAAGAAUUGAUCCCAAUCAGAGAGCUUCGCGUUAAGAUUCACUGUGUCGAAGUAAGAAAUGUUGCUGAAUAAAAAGUUCAUAAUCCUAUUCGCUACGCGCAUCGUGUUUAAUUUAGCUGCCUUGAGAGCUGAUCUGGGUACAAGAAGGAUUCUGCCGACAAGUCUGACUAUACGAGAAGGCGAGGAUAUGCAACUUCGCUUGACGAAAGUCUUCGAUCAGAAAGAAGACUCCUGCUACUUGAAGACGCCGGCUCUUCAAAGUUACAAUCUUAGGAGUAUGUCGGACGAGUCAAUAAGCGAGGACGAUUCUUUGAGAAUAAUGCAUUGGUCCGAGAAUGGAGAGUGUGGAGGGCUAGUAAAGAAUAUCUCCAAGAAGGAUGGCGGACGGUGGAGGCUCACGGCCAAAAGUCAAGACCGAACGAUCGUCGAUGCUGUCACAGUUAAUGUUCUUGAUAAGUUCGUCGAUACCGUUACCGAAGUUUCGAUUCUCAGUGGUCUGGCGUACAGUCUCGUCUUAUCUGAGAACGUCUCGUACUGCAUGGUUCAGCGUCCCCACGAUGAGCUCUACGUAGACGUUGGCAAUGAGUGCAAGAUUGAAAUGGCCAGACCGACACUGGCCGAAUAUGGUAAAUGGAUGGCGAAGACUGGGAUUCCUGGACAGAUCGAGGAAGUCGUCAAAACAACCAAAGUCAAUGUCGUCCGUGAAAAUCUCAUAUCCGGCUACAGGCAGUCCGCCGAUGGAAAGUUACUGCAUCUUUAUUGCAACGUCGUACACUACGACGAAAAAUUGGAACUCUGUAGAUUCGCCAAGGUUAAUAGCAGCGAGAGCUCUCUGCGUCUAAGCGAGGGUCUGCGCAAAGGAAAAUACGGAUAUUAUGGCGGUGGACUUGCUUCCGGCGAAUGCGGCCUGUCUAUCGAAAAUCCAAACGAAAGCGACGCAAGCCUUUGGCACUGUCUCGUAGGAUUCCCGCACCAGUCACCCUUCGGAGCGUAUAUCCAUGUCCUCAACAGUAGGAGAACUAACGAUUUACAUUCUCACGCAGUGACAUCCUCAGUUAGUCCUGUCGUGACAAUGGUCUCUAAGAGUCUCUUACUAGAUUGCAGAGCUUCAAUGGCUUUGAGUUACUGUCGAUUUCAAGGGCCCGAUGGUUCUAUCUUCACUCCUUUACCGGAAAUGGAUGCUAACAUCGAGAGAGCAGCGUCAUCAAAUUAUUGGUAUACAGGGAUUGGCUUGCACAAUGGAAGAUGCGGCAUGAUGAUAUCCGCGGCUAAGAAGGAACACAAUGGCACGUGGACGUGUCACAUGGGACCAGAGGUGCCUGAUCUGGAGUUGACAUCGACUAUAGUCGUCAGAAUAGCAGAAACACCUCUUGCGGCAACAACGAAAUUCGUGAAAAUCGAGAAAAUUGGUGACUCCGUAAGUUUGCAAUGUCAAACGGUACCGAAUAGAGUUGCCCUUCAAUACUGCAGAUUCUAUUCCCCAGAAAAUAUCGGGAUCCACGUAAGCCACGAGAUUACAGAGGAAAGACCUCUAAUUCUCGAGAAUGGCGAUAAAUAUUGGUUUAGUGGUAGUAAUACGAGCAUAGGGGAGUGUGGACUAACCAUAGCACAAAUUAAACCGAGACAUUUCGGUAAUUGGAUCUGCGCCGCCAUACUGGAAGCCCAGACGACAAACCUGGAAGCUUUUGACACGAUUAUCGUCUAUAUAGAAAACAAUGAAAACCUAAGCGUCGCAGCUGGAAUGGGCAUAGCGAUGGGCGCUAUGGCUGUUGCAAUCGCUAUAGCGGCGUCUAUCGCAUUUUUCGUAAAGAUCCGUAAAGGAACUCGGAUCGAAAACACGUCGGCACCUGGAAAUAACGCAUCAGAAAUUAUUUCUAUGUGCUCUCUCAGCAGCAGUAGCAGCAGCAGUAGCAAUAUCGCGGAGCCUAUCUGAUUUUUCCGUUUCUUUGGAAAAUGCUUAAAUUUGUUUAGAUUUAAUAUACAUUUCGCAACAUACUACGAUACCGCGAGUUCUAUUAGUUUGUGAUUGCAUGUUGUGAAGCCGCACUGGACAAGAUUGUGACAAGAUCUUGAUUUACUUUCAAAAUUUAUACAAAAUAUAAAAUUGAGGCUAAAUCAAAAUCUCGCAGAAUAUAUGGAGUAGAUAAAAAUUGAAUUGAAAUUGU